CUCAGGGAAAACAACAAUUUCUUACUCUAUUCCUUAGCUAAUUGAUGUUAUGGAGAAUCAACAACAAUAUCAUCUAGAACCUAUCCAGGAAGAGGAGGAGGAGGAUGAGGAGGAAGAGAAAAAAGAGCAGGUGGUGGAUGAUCAGGAGGAAGAGCCUCCACUAAAGGUAUGGAGGCCAAGCCGGCAGUCUCGUUCUCUGGACCAGAGUAGUGCUGCACAGGUGGAGAUCUACAAUCUCUCUCUACCAUAUCCAAAUAUCACCCAGACCACUAGUGACCUUGGGGAGAUUACCCCACCAGGGUUCACACUCCCUAGUGAACGCAGAGCAAAGGCUGAUGGGGAAGUGGAUGGCGUUCAUUCGGAAGUAGAGCGCCAGCUAACCAUCAACAGAACAGUGAAACAAACAUCUCAUACAAGGAGGAGACUCUCCUGGUCAUCGUCAGAUGAUGAGCUACCAACACCACAACGACCACAGAAGAGGAGAUGGAAGGACGAGCUACCACCACCACAGAAGAAGAGGGGGCCUAGGGGACGGAGAAAGGUGCCAACUGCAGAGAAGCUGGAUGAAUGCCCGGCCAUCUCCCCAGACUGUAAGCAGGUUCUAAGGGAGCCAGGCUGUGGCUGCUGCAUGGCAUGUGCCCUGGAGAAGGGGGCCUCCUGUGGGGUAUACACAGCCCACUGUGCUCAGGGGUUAAAAUGCAGCCCAAGAGCUGGGGAUCCUAGACCCCUCCACUCCCUAACCAGAGGACAGGCCAUCUGCACUGAGGACCAGGGACAAGAGAAAGUAGAAGGGGUGCCAGACCACAGCUCCCUAGCCUACUUCCUGGGACUCAACACCCCCUUUGACACCAAAAAUGAGGGGGCUCAGGAGAGCAUCAAGGCCAAGGUCAACACCAUCCGCAAGAAACUGGUGGAACAGGGUCCCUGCCACAUUGAGCUGCAUGCAGCUCUGGACAAGAUAACCAGCUCUCAGCAGGAACUAGGAGAGAAGUUCACCAACUUCUACCUUCCCAACUGUGACAAACAUGGCUUCUACAAGGCCAAGCAGUGUGAGUCGUCUCUGGUGGGACCCCAUGCCAGGUGUUGGUGUGUGUCCUCCUGGAAUGGGAAGAAGAUUCUGGGGUCCAAUUAUCUACCCGGCUUGGAGUGCCAGCUGGAGCUCUAAAUCAUGGACACUCUGACCCACAUUCACGGGCACAUGCAUGCACACGUAUUGACACACAUAGUCUUGUACUCUACUUAAACACACAUAUAGGUGCCUUCAAACCUACACACAUCCACAUCAUAUAUACUGACUUUUUAUUACAAACACGUAUAAAUACACACUCAUUCAAAUCAGCACAUUUUUUUCUUAUGUAAUUACUCUUAAUUUAUUUACGUGAUGUAUAACACCUUAUUUAUUCAACGCGGAUGUGCUUACAAGUAUGGACCAUUUGUCAUUUUUAGAUUGUUUAUGUUUCCUAUUUUCUGAUUGUAAAUAGGGCAACAGUGUAUGCAUUUGUGUUUCUGACUAAAUAACUCCAUCUCUGAAGACCACAGGUCUCCAGCUCUGCCAAACCCAGUUCAGGGUCUUCAGAAUCUGUUUUUGAUUCAUUCAACCAGGUGGACCCGUGCACAGUAAAUAAAACGACACAGCCAUUCAUUCAUUCAACAUGUUGACAGUUUCGGGAAGGUAUUCUCAUUGACAUUUCCUCAAUGGGUAUUGGAGAAAUGCUUAAAGUUCCACAAGUAUGCAUCUGGUGGCCAGGCACAAACAUAUCACUGCUCAUCCAAGCCCCUGUUUGGUUUUGGGGGAGUUUUUCUGUCUUCAUCUACCUCUCCUGGUCUAUGCAGGUCUUCUGGUUUAGCAGAUGUUUUUUGGGACAGUUUUUUUUUCUCCCAACUCUCUGCACGUACACCACCCUCAUGUGAGGUCAUUGUUUCAUUUGUCUGAAAGGAAGUUCUCUUUUGUUUGAUGAAAUGUCUGUAUUUAUUAUAUGUCAAACUAUUCCUGACAGCAAGUCAGAAAUAUGUGAUGAGAUAUGCUGCUAUUACAUUUUUGUAUGAUUUGUAACAAACCAAUGUUAGUUACUCUGUAAUUUGUGCUUUCAUUAAACACGUUAACCUCAA